AUGGAUUUCUUCGACGUUCGAAAAUUUCAAACAUCGCAUCGCGAUUUCGUUGUCAACGAUGGGCGGCUUCAUGUGGUUUCAGAUUAUUCUCUUAUUGCCCUACUUCCAGUAAUUCUAGUUGGAAUAUUAAUAACUACAAUAUUCUGUGUCUAUAGAUUUCGAAGAUGGAAACAUAAUAAGAAACAGUUAGCAGAAUUGAAUGCAUUCUAUGAAAUAGUGGAGUCAUCUCCUUGUUUAGCCUCUGGAAAGUCUUAUCUCAUUCAACAUUGUUCUGAUAUUGAGAAAUCAGAAUGUGAUCGAAUAACUCGUGCCGUAUGCGUGCCAACUCAAAGUUCUAUUUUCUUUCAACCAAUUCCUCCGAAAGCGAAAUCUGUUCGUUGCAACAGUGACGUGUUGAAGGCAGUUAAUGCUAGUGAAGUAAUAUUCCAUUUCGCUCAAUUGCCAACGAUUGAAAAAGCAAAUAACAAUCACAAAAAGUCAUUGCAUUUCAUCCAUCGAGUAUAG